AUGUGUGCUGUCUACACUAUUGCGGCAGGCAUCCACAUUGUCACUGCCGGCAUGUGCCUUGGAUUCGACCUCAUAGACCAAAUGCAGCAGGCAUCGCCGAUAAUGAGCAUGCAUGCAUGUUCCUUUAUAGUCUUGAGAGGUGCUGACCUAGACCUGGUUUUGCUCAAUGGACGGAAUGGGCUGCCAUUUCUGCUUCCGAUACCUCUGUUGCUGCCCUUAUUGCUCUACCUCACGAGCUCACACCAUGAUCAUCUUGGCAGCGGGAGCAUCUAUGGAAUUGUAACAGGAGCUGGCAUGCACAUAUCAACGGCAGGGGAAGGUCAGGGAAAGCCCGGAUGA